UGCGCAGUAUGGGGCGGGAUGGAGGCCUGGUGGGGUCAUUCCAGCGCAAGCGCAGUGCGGUGUUUGUCUGAGGGUCGGACGGGCGGGAGGUGCGCGGUGGCGGCGGCGGCGGCGGCGGCGGCGGUGGGGAAGAUGGCGGCGUCCUCCCUAGAACAGAAGCUAUCCCGCCUGGAGGCGAAGCUGAAGCAGGAAAACCGCGAGGCCCGGCGGAGGAUCGACCUGAACCUGGAGAUCAGUCCGCAGCGGCCCAGGCCGAUUAUUGUGAUCACUCUAAGCCCUGCUCCUGCCCCGUCCCAACGAGCAGCUUUGCAGCUCCCUCUGGCCAAUGACGGGGGUAGCCGAUCACCUUCCUCUGAGAGCUCCCCUCAGCAACCCACCCCACCAGCUCGUCCCCGGCACAUGUUGGGGCUCCCACCACCACUGUUCAUGCCACGUAGCAUGGAGAGCAUAGAAAUUGACCAGAAGCUGCAGGAAAUCAUGAAACAGACAGGCUACCUGACCAUUGGAGGCCAGAGGUACCAGGCGGAGAUCAAUGACCUGGAGAACCUAGGUGAGAUGGGCAGUGGCACAUGUGGCCAGGUCUGGAAGAUGCGAUUCAAGAAGACAGGCCACAUCCUUGCUGUCAAGCAAAUGCGCCGCUCUGGAAACAAGGAAGAGAACAAACGAAUUCUCAUGGACCUGGAUGUGGUGCUCAAGAGCCAUGACUGUCCAUACAUUGUUCAAUGCUUUGGGACGUUCAUCACAAAUACAGAUGUCUUCAUUGCCAUGGAACUUAUGGGCACCUGUGCUGAAAAACUAAAGAAGAGAAUUCAAGGGCCCAUCCCAGAGCGGAUCUUAGGCAAGAUGACUGUGGCUAUUGUUAAGGCGCUCUAUUACCUGAAGGAGAAGCAUGGUGUGAUCCACAGAGAUGUGAAGCCCUCCAACAUCCUACUUGAUGAGCGGGGCCAGAUCAAGCUCUGUGACUUUGGGAUCAGUGGCCGUCUGGUAGACUCCAAAGCCAAGACGAGAAGUGCUGGCUGUGCAGCUUACAUGGCGCCGGAGCGGAUAGACCCUCCAGACCCUACUAAGCCUGAUUAUGAUAUCCGAGCAGAUGUGUGGAGCCUGGGAAUCUCACUGGUGGAGCUGGCAACUGGGCAGUUCCCCUACAAGAACUGCAAGACUGAUUUUGAGGUCCUCACCAAGGUCCUGCAGGAAGAACCACCCCUUCUGCCCAGUAAUAUGGGCUUCUCGGUGGACUUUCAGUCCUUUGUUAAAGACUGCCUUACUAAAGAUCACAGGAAGAGACCAAAGUACAAUAAGCUACUUGAACACAGCUUCAUCAAACGAUAUGAGAUGUUGGAAGUGGAUGUGGCAUCCUGGUUCAAGGAUGUCAUGGCGAAGACAGAGUCCCCCCGGACUAGCAGCAUCUUGAGCCAACAUCACCUUCCCUUCUUCAGGUAGCCAAGAGGUGACCAGCCUGGGAGGGUCAGCAGGGGCUGGGGGAGAAGGGGGCAAGACAAAUGGCCAGUCAGCCUGCUCCUCCCCCCACUCCAGCUGCAGUAGGGGCUUUGCCACCCUGGCCCCAAGACGUACCAGUCUUCCACUUGCCUCCCCCCAUGCUGGCGGGCCAGAUGUCACAUGGAGCUGGGGAGGGAGUACGAAAACAUGGACAGCCACAGAGAGCUGAAGACAAAGUGGGGGCCCUCCAGACCCGCCUCCCCCCACCCCCUGCCUUUCAGCUGAGGACAAACUGGCACCAAUCAGGCCUCCGGCUUUUUUCCUGGGGGAGAGCUGAAUGCCCCCCUCCCCCCCGACACUGUGAACAGAAGAUGGAAGACAGGUCCACCAUUAGACUCUAUUUAUUCAGUUGUAACCUCUGGGCUUGGUGGGCUCCUGGAAGCCCAGGAGAGAGCUGCCUGAAUCUUUACUCUCUUUGCCUUCUCUCGUGCCCACUCUUCUGGCUUGAGGAUUCAAUUUGUAAGCCACAAGGGCUGGGGUAGGGUGGCCUGGGAGGGGUUGCUUGCUGCUCUGUGUGUGUCACUCCCAUGGUUUUUGUCUCUGGGAAUGUGGUGGGGGCAGGAGAGGAGCGCA